AUGCCGCCUCUCCUCCUCGACAACUCACUCUCUCGCAUCGACAAGCCAGUGCAAACACUAUCGACAAGAUGUUCGCCAAACUUGCGCUCUGCCUCAUGAUGCUGGCCGUUGCUACGCUGGCCAAGACAGCUCACAAGGUUGUUCUGCCUGCGCCUACCGGACCUCUUCGAAAGACAGGUCUGCACGUCACGAUCCAGAACGACAGCAAGGCAUGGGUGCGCGUCAACUGCAAUGCGGCCACCGACCUCAAGGCAUACCAAAAGUGCUACCAGUAUGAUGUCACGUGCAACAAGGCGGGCGAGGCAACUACGGGCGGCCGUGUGCUCAUCUGCGACAGCAACAAGAAGCCCAUGGGCUGCAAGGCUGACAGCAAGCCCGAGCAAGUUACUCGCCUCGCUCGCGCAAAUGUUCGAGCUGAUCCUGUUGCUUCAUAGCGGAUGCUUCAUCCCCAACUGAGCUCGAUCCGGGACGCCAUUGCUGCACGCCUUGUAUUGCAAGCUCU